UCAAUCGCGUGGCAUAGAUGUGGAUCCCAUUGGCCCAUUUCUAUCCUCACGCGACAAAACCCAAUUGUCUGUCUCUACUGAUGAUUGAUGAACAUCGUCAACGUGGCUUACUGUAUUUCGCAACAAAAACAAAAAGGAAAAACGGAGUGUAUUGGAGGAAGAAGAAGAAGAUGAUGAUGAUGAUCUGGGUUGUUGAUACGAUUGUGAUUGGUGAUUAAUUUGAUAAUGAAAAGGAGGAGAAGAAGAAAAAUAAGGAUCGAAUUCCCGAGAUGGGUUUUAGCGAAGACAAUCUGACUGGCGUUAUUCUGGCAUUGCUCUCAAGUGGGUUCAUAGGGGCAAGCUUUAUUAUUAAGAAGAAGGGGCUUAGAAGAGCAGCAGCAGCAUCUGGGGUCAGAGCUGGUGUUGGUGGAUAUACUUACCUUCUUGAGCCUCUUUGGUGGAUAGGAAUGAUUAUAAUGAUUGUUGGUGAGGCUGCCAACUUCAUUGCAUAUGCAUUUGCCCCUGCAGUUCUCGUAACGCCUCUCGGUGCAUUAAGCAUAAUCGUAAGUGCUGUGUUGGCUCACUUUAUCUUGAAGGAGAGGUUGCACAAGCUUGGGGUUUUGGGCUGUGUGAUGUGUAUAGCAGGUUCAGUCAUUAUUGUUGUUCAUGCACCAAGGGAGCUUCCUAUCACUUCUGUACAGGAAAUAUGGAGUAUGGCAACACAGCCAGCCUUUUUGCUAUAUAUGGGAUCUGUCAUCGUAUUGGUUUUUAUUCUUGUCAUCCAUUUUGCCCCACGAUGUGGGCAUAGCAAUGUGUUGGUGUUUACUGGAAUUUGCUCCCUGAUGGGCUCCCUCUCGGUUAUGAGUGUUAAAGCCCUUGGGACGUCAUUGAAAUUGACCUUUGAGGGAAAGAACCAAUUAAUCUUCCCCGAGACGUGGUUAUUCAUGUUGGUGGUUGUAACAUGCGUCAUUAUUCAAAUGAAUUACCUCAACAAGGCACUUGACACAUUCAACACGGCAAUUGUCUCCCCGAUAUACUACGUGAUGUUUACAACACUUACAAUCCUUGCAAGUGUCAUAAUGUUCAAGGAUUGGAAUGGCCAAAGUGGAGCAACGAUCAUAUCCGAAAUAUGUGGCUUUGUUGUUGUGCUUUCUGGCACCAUCUUACUGCAAGUUGCAAAAGAUUUUGAGCGAAGCUCAUCCUUCAGAGCCAAUCAUACCCCAGGUUCCCCUUCGUUAUCUACUCGACUUUGCACUGGGAAUGGAGAACUAGCAAAGUAUAAUGAUGAAGAAGUGCCUCCUGAAGAAAUCUGUUUGAGAAUACAAGAAUCAUAUUAGUUGUUUCUCUCAUUUGAUUCAUAUAUCUUCUCAGUAAAAUCGCCGUAGCGGAGAAACCGUCAUGGAAGAGUGAUCAGCACCAAAAGUUAAGCUCAAAGUCAAAUGUUGCAGUGCAGGGGUAAAUGAUCAGAAACUAGUCAGUUGGUGGUUGUAUAGGGCUUGAAGUUUCAUUGCUACCAAUUUCGUUGUUUAGUUCCGAACAUAGAUUUCCAAUGGGAGGCUUGUAUCACUUAACAAGAAGGAUUCGCACUAAAGACACAAUUGGGUUUCAGACACGGGAAGUUUCAGUUUCCAUUUGGAGUAUCUGCAUAGUUUAAACUAGAUGACUUACAUCGAAAUGUUUCCUUAUAUAGCUUGAUAUUUUAUGCUUUGCUGUUUUCUCUACAGUCCUCCCCUGUUUUUCAUUUGACACCAAAAUUCAAUUCCUGUACAUAGUAAUUCUUUAUUUCCAUGUUUACCAAUCCCGGAUUAAAUUGGUGUAACCAUGAUGAGAUUUUGUUGAUGAAUCCAUUGUAAGGAGUCUCAAUCACAAAUAUAGUUGUUAGAAUUAGUGGACUUGGUCCAUAGGAUGUUUAUGGAAAAAAUAUACCUUGAACCCUUUUCCCUUCUUUUUUUUGUAUUCUAUUUAUUCUCCCUCAUUGUACCUAUUGUAAAUUCAUCAGAAAAUAAUAUGAACAAAGAUAUUGUGAUUUUCUCCUUA